UAUCCCCUGAUAGCAAAAGAAAACAAGCGACGCGUCGACCUUUGCGUAAAAUAAGCGCCACUCCCUCCUUUUCUUUACCUUCCUUUCCUUUUCUAUGGGCUAAGCGUUAUACUCGUCUUCGCAUAUUCCCUCUCUCUCGCACUGACACAUCCAAGCUUUCUUUUAUAAGAUCCCCAACGAUCCAUUCCCUGACCAUACCUGUUUCUCAUCGCUACGAUCCCAUCUCCAUUUUUGUCCCUUACUACCACCGUUCACAUUUUCUAUUUCAAAUAAUAAUCUCUCUGUUAUUCCAGAUCAGAGCUUUAUUACUAAUCAGCAAUGGCUGCUGCCACGGAUAAGCUUACUCCUCUUAAGUCUGCUGUGGCUGGACUCAAUCAAAUCAGUGAGAAUGAGAAAAAUGGAUUUAUUAGCCUCGUUGCUCGCUAUCUCAGCGGGGAAGCACAGCACGUGGACUGGAGCAAGAUUCAAACACCAACUGAUGAAGUAGUGGUUCCUUAUGACACUUUGGCGCCUGUUCCUGAUGAUCCAGCAGAGACUAAGAAGCUUUUGGACAAACUUGUCGUUUUGAAGCUUAAUGGAGGAUUGGGGACAACAAUGGGCUGCACGGGACCCAAGUCCGUCAUUGAAGUUCGUAAUGGAUUGACAUUCCUUGACCUUAUUGUCAUCCAGAUUGAGCAUCUCAAUUCCAAAUAUGGAUGCAAUGUUCCUUUGCUUCUAAUGAACUCCUUCAACACUCAUGACGAUACUCAGAAGAUUAUAGAGAAGUACUCAAAGUCAAACGUUGAGAUUCACACUUUCAACCAGAGCCAGUAUCCUCGUAUAGUUGUUGAAGAUUUUACUCCCUUGCCAUGCAAAGGACAGACGGGCAAGGAUGGAUGGUAUCCUCCUGGACAUGGUGAUGUGUUCCCAUCCUUGAAGAAUAGUGGCAAACUUGAUACUUUGCUAUCGCAGGGCAAAGAGUACGUGUUUGUUGCCAAUUCAGAUAACCUUGGUGCUAUUGUUGAUUUGAAAAUCCUAAGUCAUCUGAUCAGAAACAAGAAUGAAUACUGCAUGGAGGUGACACCCAAAACCCUAGCUGAUGUAAAGGGUGGUACUCUCAUCUCUUACGAAGGGAAGGUUCAGCUAUUGGAGAUUGCACAAGUCCCUGAUGAACAUGUUAAUGAAUUCAAGUCAAUAGAGAAGUUCAAAAUUUUCAAUACAAACAAUUUGUGGGUGAACUUGUCAGCAAUUAAACGGCUUGUAGAAUCCGACGCACUAAAGAUGGAGAUAAUUCCUAACCCAAAGGAAGUAGAUGGAGUUAAAGUUCUUCAGCUAGAAACUGCCGCUGGUGCAGCUAUUAGGUUUUUUGAUCAUGCAAUUGGUAUCAAUGUUCCUCGAUCUCGUUUCCUUCCAGUGAAGGCAACUUCAGAUUUGCUUCUUGUCCAGUCUGAUCUUUACACCUUGGAGGAUGGCUUUGUUAUCAGAAAUAAAGCUAGAAAGAAUCCUGCAAAUCCUUCUAUUGAGCUGGGUCCAGAAUUUAAGAAGGUUGCCAACUUCUUGAGUCGAUUUAAGUCUAUCCCUAGCAUCAUUGAGCUUGAUAGCCUUAAGGUGACGGGUGAUGUAUGGUUCGGUGCUGGUAUCACUCUCAAGGGAAAAGUGACUAUAGCAGCAAAACCUGGUGUAAAACUGGAAAUACCAGAUGGAGCUGUAAUUGAGAACAAGGAAAUCAAUGGCCCUGAAGACCUGUAAGAAGUUUGCCGGAUUUGAAAUGCCCCUGCAGAGUUCCUUUGCCAUCUUUCAGCACCUAUGCAUUUUGAUAGGAGAAUAAGAGAGUGCUUUUGUUUGUUGUAUCUGAAUUCGGAAUGUCUUGGUUACCACAAACCACUUUUUUGUUCAUAGAAGCAAUCUUUGAUAAGAGUGUAAAACUACUCACGAGUGUGAUGAUGAUUGUAAUGUGAAGAAAACUUAUGCCCCAAUUUCUGUGACAAUUACUCUUGGGUUUUUCCUAAAUGUGCCAGAAUUGGCGAGAUUAGUAAAUUAUAUUUCGAUUUCUUCCUUUU